CCUGCCCCCGCCCAGCGAGCCUCGGGGGCCCAGCCGACAGCCAGGUUCACGCGCCCUUGAAAUCUGCCGGUACUCGCUCUGCGGGCUGGGCUGGGAGAUGACGAGGACCCCGGUGGGGUCUGCCCGCACCCGGCCAAAGCCCAGGAAGCUCGGGCCCCAGCGAGGAAAGGCGCUCCAAGCCUCCUCGCGGCUUUCAGAAUCCCCAGCCCUGGUGAAGAAGAGGAUGCCUGAUGCGUGCACCCUGGGAAGGGCUGGAAUCGGUCUCCCCAAGAUGUGCCUUCACAUGGCUGUCCGGCAUUCGAAGGCUCAGAAAACAGGGCCGGGAAUCCUGCAACAGCGGCAGAAGCGGCCCGCGCCUCGGGCUUCCGGCGGCCCAGCUCUACUAGGGGAGCGUCGCGGCUGCUCUGAGGCAGGCAGCGCUUCGCUAGAACCGCUCAGCUCGUCCCGCGCCGCCGCCGGCUGCCUGAACCAGGUUCCGCUGUCCCCUUUCGUAGCGGGACCCCGAAACACCCGCCGGCUUCCCGCUCCUGAGCCGGAGAGAAUAGAGCUUGCUGCAACCCUCUGCUUGGAGGGAUGGCCUCUGCGGUGCUUGGCUAGCAAAGGGAAGCUUCACUGUGUCUAUUAGUACAUCCCCAUACACUCCACGCCUCAACAACUGUCAGCACUCACUCCCUCCCGGCCCCUCACAGGGCCCUUUGCACCCACACCUCAGGGACUCGGUGUCCCUCCACUCAGGUCACGUUACUCCAUCCACUUCUCUCUCCUUCUCCCUCUGUCAACUCCAAAUCCCCUCUAGUUCUCCCUCCCCUCCUACUUCUCUCACACUCACCAGCUACACAUACUAAUUCAGAUUUUGCCCAUGUUGGUGGAAAACAUGUCAAGCCAAUGUGCAGACCCUAAGGCUUUUCACACGCUGCUCACUUUCGCAUCUCACGGUGCAGAAGGACCGCUGGGCUCCAGGUUUACAAGCCUGACUCCGAGAAGCCUGUUGAUUCUCUGAUGUCCUUGGCCUGUGAUUCGGGUGACUGGGCUGCCACCUGGGUGUUUUCAUGGUGGGACUGCCGCACAGACCACAGAGAAGCUCAGGUACUGAGCACGUUCCAGAUACACUUUAACAUGCACAGGCCACUCACACAGGCUUUAUCUCUGUCUCGAAACUCUGCUGAGCUUGCUGCUCAGACCAACAAGGUGCAGCAGCAGACACCCACAUAGCACCAGGUCUGAAGCCAGUGGGUAUUAGUCUGCCUGGUUGGGAUUAGCAAAGUCAGUUACCCACAUAUGUGCUUGGGAGAGAAUAGGGGAGUGGAGAGAGAGAGAGAGAUAUUGAGGAAGAGGAAAGAGAAGCGACCUCCUACUCUGGGAAGAGCUCACACAUGAGAGCUGUUUCCUGUUGUUAAGUGUCUCACUGAGCUCCCCUCUUUCUCCCCCAGGAAGGGCUUGAGAGGCAGUAGACCAGAGCUCUGGGCUCCUCUUUACCUUGCUGAUGUUGGGGUAUGAGUCCUCCAACACCAUUUUGUCCCAAGGAGUAUGUGCCCCACCGUCAAUCAGGCAGAAUGCAGGGCAGUUGUCGGCCUUUUUCGUGGUGGAGGCCAACUGGGAAAAAGGCAGAAGGGUCUGGGUCCUGGGCCAAGUGAGGCCCUCUUCCCUCCAAAGACCCGUGGGAUGCUCUCAGAGGCGGAUUCUAGGGUGGUGGGAGCUGCUGACAAGUUUCCUCUGAUAUCCCUCAUGACAUCUAUGGCCCAAAGCCAUUUUGUUCAGCUCUGAACAGUGAGUGCCUUGCCAGUAGGCCUCAGGCUUGCUGGGGAACAUGAUGUGUUCUUAAAAGUUGCCUUGUUGCCUUUCUCCACACCCAGACUGUAAGCACUGAUGGGCAGAGACUCUGCCCUCCACUUCUCACUCAGUGCUCCCCACCAGGAUGGGCUUAAUGCCUUUUAAUAGAAUUAGAAAAUGGUUCUGCUGGACAGAAUUGGGAAAUGCCACUUUCCUUAUAAUGAAGUUAGAAUUUCCAAGAAAGGGACUGUAGCUGAGGAAAAGCGGUUUGAUCAUUGACAGCCAGCUCAGGAUAUGAGAGUUCUUUGCCAUUUGGGGUUAUUAUAGCUGCAUGGCCAUGGUGCUGAACCUUAGGCAAGGACAAGGACACCUCCCUAGUUCCCAGUCAUGGUGAGGACCUGUCUGAAACAUUCAAACUAGACUUUACUGGAAACAGAGAAGUCUGCAUUCAGGGCAGCUGGCUUGCAAGGUAAGGCCUGCAGUCUCCACCCCCACGCUAACCCAUGAGGGGAUGCCAGAGAGAGCCCUUCCCCCUUGGUCCUCAUUCCUGGCUCAGUUUUCUCCCACAAAGCGGGCACUGCCUAAAGAUGAUAGGCAACUGCCAUGGAGGAAGGCAGUUUUAGAUGCCUAGCUGGCACAAAGUCCAGAGGAAGGGAGGGAGAAGGGCUGAGUUUUGUAUUACUGUUCUACCUUUGGAGAUUUUCCUCAUGCCAAGAUAGGGGGGGUGUGUGUGUGUAUGUGUGUGUGUAUGUGUGCACUAUAACUUUAUGAAACACUUUUUUUUUUUUUUUUUGAGACAGGGUCUCACUCUGUUGCCCAAGCUGGAGUGCAGUGGUGCAAUCUUGGCUUACUGCAGUCUCCACCUCCCAGGCUCAAGUGAUCCUCCCAUCUCAGCUUCAGCCUCCCAAGUAGCUGGGACUAUGGGUGUGAGCCAACACACUCAGCUAAUUUUUUUUUUUUUUGGGGGGGUAUUUUUGGUAGAGACAGGGUUUUACCAUGUGGGCCCAACUGGUCUUGAACUCCUGAGCUCAGGGUGAUUUGCCUGCUUCAACUUCCCAAAGUGUUGGGAUUACAGGUGUGAGCCACCAUGCCCAGUCAGUUUUUUAUUUUUUAUUUAAACAGUUUUGGGGGAACAGGUGGUUUUUGCUUACAUGGAUAAGUUCUUUAAUGGUAAUUUCUGAGAUUUUGGUGCACUUGUCACCCGAGCAUUGUACACGGUACCCAGUGCGUAAUCUUUUAUCCCUCAUCCCCCUCCUACGCUUUCCCCUCCCGAGUCCCCAUUAUAUAAUUCUUUUUUUCUUCUUUUUGAGACAGAGUCUCACUCUGUUGCCCAGGCUGGAGUGCAGUGGCAUGAACUUGGCUCACUGCAGCCUCCUGAGUUCAAGUGAUUCUCCUGCCUCAACCUCCUGUGUAGCUGGGACUACAGGCAUGCACCACCAUGCCCAGCUAAUUUUUGUAUUUUUUGUAGAGAUGGGGUUUCACCAUGUUGGCCAGGCUAGUCUUGAACUCCUAACCUCAAGUGAUCUGCCUAUUUUGGCCUCCCAAAGUGUCGGGAUUACAGGCGUGAGCCACUGCGCCUGGUCCAUUAUGUCAUUCUUAUGCCUUUGCAUCUUCAUAGCUUAGCUCCCACUUAUAAAUGAAAACACAGGAUAUUUGGUUUUCCAUACUUGAGUUACUUCACUUAGUAUAAUGGUCUCCAGCUCCAUCCAGGUUACUGUGAAUGCCAUUAUUUUGUUCCUUUUUAUGGCUGAGUAGUAUUCCAUGGUGUAUAUAUAUCACAUUUUCUUUAUCCACUCAUUGGUUGAUGGGCAUUUAGCCUUGUUCCAUAUUUUUGUAUGCAGUAUAACUUACAGAUGGUAAACAAUAUACAGCUUGAUGUAUUCUGACAUGUAAUGCAGUAUGUAACCACCACCUGGAUCAAGAUAUGGAGCAUUUCUGGCACUUCAUAAGGUUCCUUCAUAUCUUUUUCCAAUCAAUAUUGCCUCAAAAGGGAAACCAUAUUUGGAUUUCUAUCACCAUAAAUAACCUUUGCCUGCCUUGAGCCUCGUAUAAAUGGAGCAUAUAGCAUGUAUGCCUUUAUGUCUAGUUUUUUCUGUGCAACAUAUUUUUAAUAUUCACUGGUCUUGUUGCAUGUGUCAGACAUUUAUUUCUUUUUAUUGCUGUGUAAUAUUCUAGUAUUUGCUUAUCCAUCCAUAUGUUGAGGGACAUUUGUUUCCAGUUUUUGGAUAUCAUAAAUAAAGCUGCUGUGCACAUUG